AUGCGCAAAAUAUCUAAAAAUCUUGUAGACGACGAUGUGGUUUCAUCUACAAACGGAUCUGGAUCAGUAGGCAACGAAGAGCAUGAAGAUCCGGAAGAGCCUCAGGAUAAAAGUGGAGGGCAAAGUGAAAAAAAUGAUAGCGAUGACUUAUUACCCGAAUCUGAUGUGUCUAAGGACACUCCAAAAAAGGGUAAGGCAAAAAAUAAAGCGAAAAAAAAGAAAUCUGAUAAAAGCGACAACAAAAAAGACGCCGAAGAGGAAGAAGAAGAAUAUGAGGUUGAUAAAAUAAUAGAUUCAAAGAGAAUCAAAGGUAAAAUACAUUAUUUAAUUCGCUGGAAAGGAUACUCUGCUGAUAGUGACACAUGGGAACCACACAAUACUUUGUCAUGCCCAGACUUAAUCCAAAAAUUUAAUGAGGAAAAAGAGAAUUCUAAAAAUUCUCCUAAAGGAAGUAAGAAGAGGAAAGCUAGCAAAAAAGAUACUAAGUCACCAGCAAAGAAAUCUAAAUCUAGUUGGGAUGGGAAAAAUGCUGAUGAAAAUGCGGAAUAUGAGGUAGAACGCAUUCUGGAAGUACAUCAUAAAAAGAGUGGUGCAAGAGAAUUCCUCAUUCAUUGGAAGGGAUGGUCUAACAGAUUUGAUUCCUGGGAGCCUGAAAGCAAUUUGAAUUGUCCAGAAUUAAUUAAAAAAUUUAUGGAUAAGGUUGAAGCUGCCCGUUCUACAGAAUCCAGAAAUCUCAGAGUGGCUCCAGAGACGACAAAUCGUUUCACCUUACAAGAUCCUUCUUCAGGUCGCCGACUCAGUAAGCGAAGAGGCCAGCGCCAACGUGUACGAUAUGAUAAUGCUGAG